UUUUGGAAAAUGCAGGACGACGUGAUUUAUGGAAUUAUACUGGUCGUGUCAUUUGGCAUCGGACUAUUUGUUCGACAAAUAACAGACCCAGAGAGAAAGAGACUAAUAUGUAGUAUAGCAGGCGCUGUUCUUGCUGUUGUAAAUUGCCACGUACAUAUUUACCACUCCCUGGUAUUGGUCAUCGGAAGUUGUCUACUGAUAAAAAUCUGUGGACCCAGAAAAUGUCAGCUGUAUGGAUAUAUAUGGUGUUUUGGGUACCUUGUUUUCUUCAGAACUUGCCAUCAUUUUGGUUUACCUAAGCCAUCACCAGUGUCCAAUGCAUUGCAGUUAUUUUUAACAUUGAAGCUGGUUGCAUUAGGGUUUGAGAUACAUGAUACUCAUGAGCUGUCUAAGAAGGGUGAUACUCCAGAAGAAGAAUCGACUUUACAGAGAAAGUACAGAAGUAUUUACCCAUCAUCAAUAGAUAUACUACAAUAUUCAUAUUGUUAUAUAGGACUGUUUACAGGUCCGUAUUACAAGUACAGAACAUAUGAAGACUUCAUACAAAAUAGGAACUCUCCCAAUAUACCAGUGAAAGAGUUUGUUAUAGAGAGGUUAAAGUAUAUCCCUGUGAUAGCUUUAACAUUCCUGGGUAUGUCCCAGUUCUUCAGUAUACAGUAUGUAGAAACAGAAGAAUUUUAUGAGCAUCCAUUUUGGUUCCGAUUAUUUUAUAUGGUGCCUAUGUUUAUGAUAUUCCGUACCAGACUUUACAUGGCCUGGCUGGUAUCAGAAAGUAUGUGUAUGACUUCUUCAUUAGGGGCCUACCCAGUAGAGGCAAAAGCAAAAUAUGGCCAGGGUCCAACUGAUCUUACAGGUCUAGACAAAAGUUUAUCAAUGUCUAAAUCAGACCAGAAGUAUGAUUACCAGACAGUGUAUAAUUUAAGUAUUUAUGGGUGUGAAUUAGGAAGGACAACCAGAGAAGGGUUACGUAGCUGGAAUAUGACAGUUCAGUAUUGGUUAGCAGCAUUUGUUCAUCGAAGAAUACCAAAACAUCUUAAAAAUUAUGGAGUUGCAAUAACAAUGGCAGUGAGUGCCUUUUGGCAUGGUAUACAUCCUGGAUAUUACCUCAGUUUCAUGUUAGUUCCUGUUAUAGUAUAUGCAGAGGAUGCUAUGAUAUCAACAUUCCGCAAAAAUAGUUCUGAACAAAUGCAGUACUGGUUUGACUGGGCUUGUUUGUUUUUUAAAAUGAGAGGGUUUGAUUACAUGUGUAUGGGAUUUUUGUUACUUAAACUUGACUUAACUUUAGCAUAUUGGAAAUCCAUCUUUUUUAUAGGACAUUUAGUUCCCAUAUUAUUUAUUAUCAUUUGUAAAAUAUUUAAGCCUAAGAAGAAAAAAGAAGAAAAGAAAGAAUAAAUGUUAUGAAUUUUUUUUUUACAGGAAUAUUAUUUUUUUUUAUUCUGUAUACAAUUGUUAAUAUAGAUUUUUUUAAACAUAUACACUUAUAUAUCAGGCUUUAAAUUGUUAAAAAGAAAUACAUGUAUUGCAGAAACGGUUCUUAGAAUACAAACAAAGGUUAUCAGAGCCUUUAAUGAUUGCAACACAAGACUAGGAAUAAGUAUAUGGUACUGUGCAAUAUGAAUAAUGAAAGAUGGAAAAUUGGACUUAUGGGAAAUCAGCAAAAGUAAUAGAAAAAUGUUAAGAAACUAAGUUUGAAGUUUGUUCACUGUAGAUGAAGUUGCAAACAUUUAAAUACCCGCCGGGUAUUCAAAUAACCAGAGAUUUAAGAAAAUGACCUGUUUUCACCCUUAUUUCUGACCGGUAUUUUUUCCGGUAUUUAGAAGUCAAAUAUACUUUCGGGUUUUCUCAGCGUUUUUCCUUUGAAAAGUAAACAAUUGAAAUUAGAAUUUGCUUAUUUACCGUGCCAAUGACAGCUAUCAAAACAUUACAUUUGAUUGAACAGUAACAAUUCAAGGAUUGUUUGUUAAUUGUACCCCAGAAAGUUGAAGCCAGUCAAGCUUGACAUACAAUCUAUGUUCUGAUUAAAAGAUUUGCUGUUUGCAAAUAUCAAAUAUCCUGUAAAAACCAUUUGAAAACAAUUUGAACCUUUUAAUACAUUUCUGUUAGAGAGAAUAAUUUUGUUAUCACUUAAAUGUAAAAGCUUUAAAUCAAAUCCAUAUGCUCUAGAUAUUACACUGAAAGGAAACAAAUUAACUUCUUUCUAUUUAUCUUCCUCCUGUGUAUAGGAGCACAUUAGCUAUAAUUGAUUUCUAAUUAUAUGUGUAGCUGGGAUUUAUGACAUUCAUUAAUAAAAAGAAGUAAACUAGUGUGAAUAAAACAAUAAAAGGGCAUUGCUUUAUAAAGAUAUUUAAUUGAUGAUAAAUAUUUAUAUACUUAACAAAUACAAAAGUGAUUAUUUUUAGGAAACUCAGUGGUACAUGUAUAUGUUAUAGUAUAUAAAAAAAACCUCUCAAUACUAAUAUUGGACCAAAAAAGUUUGUACGCGUUAUGACCUGACAUUUUCUUCUUCAAUGCAGAUCAUGAACUGUAUUUUCAGUUUCAGAGGUUGACAGGUAUGAGCUCAACCCUCUUCCAAAAAUAUAUUGACAUGUUGGAGGUGCAUUUUGAUUUUUUUUUAUCUAUUUACUUUUGGCCAAUGUACGUGCACUAUGUCAAAAUACUCAGGUUUUGCUAUUUUUUUGCUUUUAAGAUCUUGAUAUUCUUCCACAUGACAUUACUCAAAUUAAUUAAAAAGUUUAUAAAAUUGUCCUAAAAAUGGCAUCAUGCAUUUUUUUUUUCAAGCAAAUUAACAGGGCUAAGUAUUAACGUCAAUAAAUUCAUUUAUCUAUUGUGCCUAAAUGACUUGAGCACAAAUGAAGACUGAGAUCAGGUGAAAUACCUGACUGCAAUAUGGGGGUGAAAUAGAUGAAAUAUUUGCUGCUAUUUUGAUAAUAAAUUAUUUAAAGCCUUGCAGAACAAAAUAAAACAAUAGACCAUUUUCGAGUUAUGUCCUUUACGGGAAAAGUUCGUCAAUUAUGCGUGCCUUUAUGACGUCAUUUAUCAGAUAGAGGGGACGGCCUGUAUCCCUGCACUUUUAAAGUUCAUCAAUCUUUUUUGUGAUCAUCAUUAUGCAGGAUAAACUAGAAAUAAUGUUUGUUCUGUAGGUACUUAAUCACAAUUCCCUAAUGACAGCAGUGCUGAUUAUCAAUUAUAAGAAUUUUAGUUUGCCGAAUAAUUCGUGCAAUAUAGCAUUAUAUUUUUUCAAGCGCUCGCUGAACAUGGGAAGGAAGUGACGAUGCCCCUAAACACACAAAUGAUGUUCACUAAAACCAAAGUUUUUGACGGAAAUGCAACGUACUCGAAAGUGGUCUAUUGCAACACUUACUCUUACUUCAGAAAUACUGUGAGAGAACACACACAUAUUACUAAGUUCAGUUUUGUAUUAGAUGAAUAAGGAAAUUUUCACUUUUAAUGUAAUUUAUCGCAAUAUAGGGGUGAAAGAGUAAAUGGUUCAAGUAUUGGAGUUAACUGAAAACAUAAAAACUUAAAUGUAUCAUUUCAUUUUACAUCGUGGAAUUAUAAGAAUUGAUGUAAAAUUGAGAAUGGAAAUGGGGAAUAUGUCAAAGAGACAACAACCCGACCAAAGAGCAGACAACAGCCGAAUGUGUAUUUUUUGCUAUUCAAUAUUUAUCAUGUUAACAUAUAAUGCUUGAUUGAAAGUCUAGAUAAUAUUUAUGUUUGUUUUAAGCUUGCCGCAUGUGUUUAAUUUGCAUUUUUCUUCACUAGUCAAUUCUUCUGCAAAAUUGUGCAGUUGUAUAAUGUAAUGUGUUUGGCAUAAAAUCAUUGUUUUCAAUAGAAUACUAUGUUAAUGUUUAGAAAUAUAGGUCAUAAUAACAUGUUCAAAUCAUAUCACUGUAAACCUAUUUGAAAUGCAUAUAUACCACAAUUUCCAAAUUUCAAUCAUGUCUGGUUGUUUUACAGUAUAGUAGCUACAUGAAUUAUUGUUUUCCAUAGAAGACAGAAAGUACCUACACACCUCUUGUUAAACAUUGACAGCAUACCCUACAGUUCUGUUUCCACACCAUGGUAUUAUAUGAUUAUUGUAUGUAGUAUCACUGAUAUUGUUGAUUAUUGCAAAACAUUUGUACUGUAACACUAACAUUGUUGAUUAUUUGAAAGAAAGGCAUUUAAAUGAACAAUAAAGACAUUUCAAGACAUCUAA